AUGGCGCCUAGAGUCCCUGGACCCGCCCUGGAAGCCACCAACCCGGCCAGCUCCACCCUGGCCACCUACCCAGCCUGUGCCACCCUGGCUGCUUGCUCCUCCCUGGCACCCUGUUUGUCUGGUGCAGAGACGGAUGAAUAUGAAUCUGAGCCUGUGUCAGUGAUGGAGGGAGAUUCUGUUACUUUACACACUGAUCUUACUGAAAUACAAAAUGAUGAUACGAUUCUGUGGAUGUUUGGACCUAAAGACUUUCUCAUAUCUCAAAUAACAAGAAAGGAUGAUCUGACCUCAUUUUUUGUGACUGAUGAUGAAAGAUUCAGAGGCAGAUUGCAGGUGGAUCAGAACACUGGAUCUCUCACCAUCAGAAGCACCAGAAUCAGACUCUCAGGACAAUAUAAACUCACCAUCUCCAGAGAAAAGACUAGAUCCAAGAUAUUUAAUGUUACUUUCUUUGGUGUGGUUGGUGAGACAAAUGGAGUGAAGUCAGUGUCAGUGAUGGAGGGAAAUUCUGUUACUCUAAACACUGAUGCUGAAAUACAUACAGAUGAUCUGAUAGUGUGGAGGUUUGGAGAUAAAGGCAUCCUCCUAGCUAAAAUUUAUGUAGAGACUAAUGAGACCUCAUUAAAUUGUGCUGAUGAGAGAUUCAGAGACAGACUGAAGUUGGAUCAGACUGGAUCUCUGACCAUCACAAACACCAGAACCACAGACUCUGGACUUUAUGAACUACAGAUCAGAGGCAGUCAGAGCUCACACAAGACAUUUUUCCUUUCUGUCAGUGAUUCAGAUCUGUCUUCAUGGGCUGUAGCAGGAAUAUGUGUUGUUCUUUCUGUUUUUUUGACUGUGACUAUAACUGCUCGAUUUUGUUACUGUCGCUGGAGAAUGGGUAAGUAG